CUUCUCCUCAUUGCUUCUAUUUAUUCCUCGAACACCUGGCACGGUCCCGGUUCUCGUGACGAUAAUUUCUUGCUGAUCCGCCCAGCAGAGCUGUGCGCAUCGUGGUUGUUUUCUCCUUUCUCCAUCCGCGGUUUCAUAUAUAUUCCUCUCCUCCACCCUCCAGCUUGCUGGAUUGCCUCUGGGAUCUUAAACCACCUUAAUCAAUCUCCCUCCUGUACCUGAAUCCUUGAUCGGAUCAUCGGCCUUAGAUAGUCAUAAUGUCGGCACAACACGCGCCCCUCGAGAAGGACAUGCUUCCUGACAACGACUCCAACGGCGGUGCGCCCAUGCACCAUGAGAUGUCGGCGGAGGACACCGCUAGAGCCGCUGCGCGCUUUGGCUAUGGCCCCAUGGCCCAUGUCAACACCACUGAAGCUAACCUGCGUCCCUUCGGAGGAGAGUUCCAGCCCGGUCUGUACAAGUCGGUCGAGAACCGCAAGUUCGCCAACCCGGCGCCUCUGGGCCUCUGCGCUUUCGCCCUCACCACUUUCCUCCUGAGCUUGAUCAACAUGGGAACCCGCGGUAUCUCCGCGAACAACAUCGUCGUCAGUCUGGCUUUCGGAUACGGCGGUCUCGUUCAGCUACUUGCUGGCAUGUGGGAAAUGGCCAUCGGAAACACCUUUGGUGCCACUGCGCUGUCCUCGUACGGAGGUUUCUGGAUCUCGUUCGCCAUUGUGUUGACCCCCGGUGGGUUUGAGAUCGCCUCGUCGAUUGAAUCCGCCGGCGGUGCAAGCAUGUUCUACAACUCGAUGGGACUGUUCCUCAUGGGUUGGUUCAUCUUCACCACCAUCAUGCUGUUCUGCACCCUGAGAUCCACGGUUGCUUUCUUCCUGCUGUUCUUCUUCCUCGACCUGACCUUCUUGCUGCUUGCCAUUGGCUACCUGCGUCCCAACGCUGCCGGCGAGCCUAACCCCCCUAUCAUCAAGGCGGGUGGUUUCUUCGGUCUCCUGGCUGCUUUUGCUGCAUGGUACAACGCACUGGCUGGUAUUGCCGACAGCAGCAACAGUUUCUUCAUUAUCCCUGUUGCCCACUUCCCCUGGUCUCCCACUGCCCGCAGCCGUGUCAAGACCGAGCGCGAGACGGUCUAA